AUGGAAAUAAAGACAAUUAGAAAUCAAACAGAAGAAAUUUCAAAAGAAAAAGAAAACCGAACUACUAGAACUACUAGUUGUAACAAACCGCGUUAUGAUUCUAAAAUAAUGGAGUCAUCAAAAAAAAGUUGGCAGGCAUUCAAAAGAAAAAAUACCCGAGCUGUUUUUGAAUAUAACAUAUGCAUAACAUCCUUUUUUGUUAAGAAUAAAAUAAAGGAUUUUUUUCAAGAACAAGGACUCCUUAAUUAUGAAUUGAAAGAUAAAACCUUUUUUAAUUCGGAAGUCAAUCCAUGGAAAAACUGGUUACGAAGUCAUUCUCAAUACAAUUUACCUCAGAUUGCAUGGGCUAGAUUAGUAACCCAAAAAUGGAAAAAGAAAAUAAACCAGGACUCUACCGUUCUAAAUCGAAGUUUAACAAAAGCAGAUUCAUAUGAAAAAAACAAAUUUGAUAAUUACAAAAAACAAAAUUUUUUUGAGACCAACUCAUUGUUAAACCCAAAACAUAAUUUGAAAAAAGAUUAUAUAUAUAAUCUUUUUUGCUACAAAUCUAUUAAUUCUACAGAAAAAAAAUUUGACAUGUAUAUAGGCAUUGCUCUAGAUAAUUGUUUAGUCUCUUGUUUUCUAGAAAAAUAUAAUAUUAGGGGUAUAGGGGAAAUUCCGCAUAGAAAAUAUUUGGAUUGGAGAAUUCUCAACUUUUGGUUUAGAAAAAAAGUCAAUAUUGAGCCCUGGGUUGAUACCAAGAGUCAAAAAAAAUAUAUUAAGACUAACGUUCAGAAUUAUCAAAGAAUUGAUAAAAUAACUAAUAAGGAUCUUGCCAAUCCAAAAAGUUUAUUUUUUGAUUGGAUGGGAAUGAAUGAAGAAAUACUAAAUCGUCGUAUAACAAAUUUUGAAUUGUUUUUCUUUCCAGAACUUUUCUUAUGUUCUAGUACAUAUAAAAUGAAACCGUGGACCACUUUAAAUAAAAAAGGUUUGAUACCAUUAAACGAAAAAAAAAACCUUCUAUUUUAUAAUCUAAAUAAAGAAGAAAAAGACUCGGCAGGUCAAGGAGAGCUUGAAUCAGAUAAAGAAAAAAAAAAUAUUGAAGAAAAUUAUGAAGAAUCGACGAUAACAAAACGUAAAAAUAAAAAACAAUACAAAAGCAAUACCGAAGCGGAACUUGAUUUAUUUCUCACAAGGUAUUCGCGUUUUCAAUUGCGAUGGAAUUGUUUUUUUAAUCAAAAAAUUCUUAAUAAUGUAAAAGUAUACUGUCUCUUGGUUAGACUAAAAAAUCCAAACGAGAUAGCGAUAUCUUCUAUUGAAAGAGGAGAGAUGAGCCUAGAUAUUCUAAUGAUUGAGAAUAAUUUCACUUUUGAAAAAUUAAUGAAAAAGGGAAUAUUGAUUAUUGAACCUAUCCGUUUAUCUGUAAAAAAUGAUGGACAACUUAUUAUAUAUAGAACCAUAGGUAUUUCAUUGGUUCAUAAAAAUAAACAUAAAAUAAGUAAAAGAUAUAAAAAAUAA